AGCCAUGACUGAAUUACUUCAAGGGAUAUCCCUGAACCCCGGGACAUAAUCUCGAAUUUUUUUCAUCCUCUCCAUCAAGGCCUCGCCCAGCCGGACGCCGCCGGUGUAGUGUUUGAGCUUCAGCGCGAUAACCGGCUGCUGGAGCCGGUUGCUAGCAUCGGCAGACGUCAGUUACUGUUGCUGAUGGAUUCUAGGAUCUGUUUAGAGCUGUGACUGAGCUUCUGCAAUGAUUCGCUCCCGAGUUGAGCUAUGAUGCAGUCAAAUCUGGUCAACCUCUCGAAUACAACGUUCAGGAAACUGCUAAGAGUCUCGAGUUACAUCCACUCCAAGUUCAUAUUACAGGAUCCGCAAGGCGGCUCCGUGUCUUCGAGCUGUGUUCUUCUUUCAGCAGCACAAUGUGACGGCGGCUUCCGCUGCCAACAGGGCCUGCUGACUUGAAUUGGCAGUGCGGGCCCAUUAAUCCUGUUGCCCAUCGUGAAGCGGUAAAUUGAGGUUUUACUCGGGACCGUUUUGUAAUCUCUGGGCGUUGAGCUCUGCCCUACAUCCCAGAGACUCCAGUCAGGUGAGGUGUGUAAUUUUGUGCUAUGCGGAGUUGUUCCGGGCGUGGAAAGAGACAUCAUGGAACGAGUGCUGCUGCAGCUGUUUAUGGUAAGGCUGGCCAACAUCGAGUCCCUUGCGUAUAUCAGACAUGCCUACGUCGCACAACCACCUGUCGAUGAUGAUGACGAUGAUGAUGGAUUGCCAUUCGGUCGAUUCCAUCAUCGUCAUGAAGCGUCGUCUCCUCUACUCUUUAGAGAGUAUCAAGGCGGGACGACAUGUGAAGCGCCUCUUCUGAGCACGUACAGUAGUGGCGCUGGAUCAGUUGGCAUAGAUGGUUCCUGGAGACAAAUGCGAACACAACGGUCAAACGUUCGUAGCAGCUUUGGCUCCGCCAGACUAACGUUAGCACUUCAGAGGCGUGAUGCUAGGGUAGCCGUUGUAAGACAAUUGGGUCGAAACAGGACACGGUUGUUAACUGUUGAGAUGAGCUUGAGUUGUGGGACCUGGAUACUUACAACUACCUAGGUAGUUCAUUAUCGAAGAAAAUGUUCUCUCUGA